UAACCUUUAAUUUCCUCUCUCUCCUCACUGUUUAACUCUCAGUUUUCUUUCACUUCCUUCUCUCUUCAAAAACAAAAUCUCUCUCUCUUCUCUAAUAAUUUCCCCAUUUCCCUCUCUUCAUACCAUAAAACUCUCUCAUCACUCACCCUUUUCCCCUUCUAUCCUCUUCUUCUAAGAAACACAAUAUCAAAAACAACCCCCAAAACAAAAACAUGUUUUUGGAAAAGAAGUCAUUUUGAUCAAAGUUGUUGGAUUUUGGGCUAUUUUGGGCUAUUUUUCUUCUAUUGUUUUGGUUUUUUUUUUUUUUUAAAAAAAAAAUUCUCACUUUCAAUUUUAUGAUCAUCAAUGACGUUAAUCCCUUUAUGAUCACCUCCCCCUUCACAUUGUUCUUCUUCUUGAUCAUCUCUUCUUGCCAUGCAAAUUAAAACCCACUUCUUAGUUGAAAAAAGAAAAAAAAAAACCCUAAAAUGAGAAGUGGGUUCUCUUCAAAACCCUAAAAGAUGAGAUCUUCCUCACACCGAUAACAAAAAGUUUCAAUCUUUAUAAACGUUUCCUCAUUUCUCUUUCUUUUUCAAUUACUUUCAUUGAUAUAUAUUUUUUUAGAUGGAUUUGUUUUCAGAAUCAUCAUCCAAUCCUCCUACUACUUAUACCACUACUGCCACGGUCGCCGCCACCGCACCACCCACCGCCUCCGCCUCUGCCGCCACACCAAGCCGGUACGAGAAUCAAAAACGGAGAGAUUGGAACACGUUUUGUCAAUACCUCCGGAACCACCGGCCGCCGUUGGCUCUUCAGAUGUGCAGCGGCGCUCACGUGCUGGAAUUCCUCCGGUACUUAGAUCAGUUCGGGAAGACGAAAGUACACAACCAAACCUGCCCCUUCUUCGGGCUGCCCAACCCACCUGCCCCCUGCCCGUGCCCGCUGAGACAAGCGUGGGGCAGCUUAGACGCCUUGAUCGGUCGGCUCCGGGCAGCUUAUGAAGAGAACGGCGGUCGGGCGGAGGGAAAUCCGUUUGGAGCAAGAGCGGUUCGUUUGUAUUUAAGGGAAGUUCGUGAUUUUCAAGCGAAAGCAAGAGGUGUUAGUUAUGAGAAGAAGAGAAAAAGGCCAAAGCAAAAAGUUACUAAUUCUUCAGCAACUCAUGAUCAUCAAAAUCCUACAACUUGAAAUUCUUAUAUAUAUAUAUAUAUAUAAAUAUAUAUAUUGUGUAUGAGAAAAGAAUUGUAGUCUCUCUAUUUUUAAUUUUGAAUUAUUGCAAACAUCGAGAUGAAGAUUUGAACCUUAUAGAAGGUUUUUCUCUUUUUUCUCUCGCAAAUGAUCUUAAGCUAUGUUCAAGUUGACUUUUUAUUUUAUUUCCAUAUGUUCUAGGUAAAUAUUUAUGAUUAUGAUAUAAGUAUUGGAGUAUGUUAA